AUCUUGAUCCACAUAUAUUCUCUUCGAUCAAUCCUAUCUUAUGUAUCCCUAUUGUCGAUAAUAUAUUAAUCGCCAUGCGAGAACAGGUGCCGUGAUGGUCUCCCAGGCAUGCCCGCCGCCAAAUCACGAUGACCACCCAGAAGAAGACAAAUGUUUCCAAGCCCUACAAAGACUUCCCAAUCCACCCAAACCAAACCAAACUCCAUAUGCUAAGUCAAAAGAAAUUUCAAACACACGCCUAUUUUGCCGUGUCCGUAUCUAUGUGCUGUGGGAGACGUUGGCUGAUAUGAUCGUCUUUCGUAGAGGCCACCAUGGGCGAGAAAAGGGGGGAGGGGAGCGUUUAUCCGAGAAAAGAACCAAAACGCCUGACCGGCCGGCCUUCCUUGGUGUGUCAAAUGACAUCUUUUGUUAUUUUCCUCUCUUUCUCUCUCUUUCUCUCUCUCUCUCUCUCUCUCUCUCUCUUUUUUACCCCCAUGCCUUUUCUGUGUCCAAACUUUUCCCACCCGAGAUGCUGAGGCCUCAGCAAAUAAUGGUAAUCCGAACGACGCGAGAUCGAUAAGAAGUUGAGUGGGUUAGAAAAGCGAAUUAUACAACUAUCUGGCCCACCCAUUCUAUCAGAGACCCACGUCAUUUUGCAUUCUGCAGAAAUGCCAUGUGAAUGCCCUUGAUUGUGCCAAGAAGAAGCGUCUUG